CGUUGUACAGGUUUUGUACAGUGACCUUUAACUACUCUUUAUUACUUUUUUUGUAUAUUGACUAGUAAACACCCUUAUCUAAUAGUAUUUAUAUUUGCGUGUAACCUGUUCACAGUUCACACUUCACACCUUUGUUGGCUUUGAUUUAUUAUCUUGCUGAUGACUCAUGAAACCCACGUUGGGCAAUGUCACGUGACACGUCAGUCCGUUGUCAGUUGUCGGUGAUGUCAGUGAUCAGCUGAUUCAAUAUUGAUGUUAACACACAGUUUUGUAUUAAUUACAUGUAACUGCGUAUAAUUGGAAAUAAUAGCUGAACUUUAACACCAGAUCGAAUUAAAAACCUAAAGAAUCUAUCCAAUUAAAUCCAAAAAUGGAGGACGAUAUCUUAACAACACUAAAAAUUUUAAUUAUUGGUGAAAGCGGUGUAGGUAAAUCUAGUCUGUUACUGCGAUUUACAGACGAUAAUUUUGACCCGGAACAAACCUUGACGAUCGGCGUCGAUUUUAAAACGAAAAGGCUAAAUAUUGAUGGGAAUAACGUUAAGUUAGCUAUAUGGGAUACAGCAGGACAGGAACGUUUUCGUACAUUAACCCCUUCUUACUAUCGAGAUGCACAAGGGGCGAUUUUGGUGUACGAUGUUUGUAAUUACGCCACAUUUUCCAAAUUGGAGACGUGGCUGAACGAGUUGGAGACUUAUUCGACAAAGAGAAAUAUUGUAAAGAUGGUGGUUGCAAAUAAAAUUGAUAUGGAAAACAGAGAAGUCAGCAGAGACGAAGGAUUGCAUUUCGCCAAAAAGUAUAAAACUUUAUUUAUUGAGGCCAGUGCUAAGACGAGAGACGGUGUACAGAGUGCUUUUGAAGAAUUAGUUCAGCAAAUUAUCCAAACUCCCGAUUUAUGGGAUUCGUACAGCUUAGGAAAUAAUGUAAGUCUAGGAAAUAAAGAUCAUCCUGCGCACACAAGUCAAUGUUCAGGAUACUGCAAUCUCGUAUAAGUUUCUUAAGUUCUAACCUGCAUAUUUUAGCUAUCUAAUUGUACAAUUGGAAGAUGUGAUUAAUUUUUAUUUAAGUUCUAUCUGUCUAAUAUGCAUAUUUUUUAAUAUAUUGCCUGUUCUAAUAGUAAAGAUUGUGAAACAAUUAA